UGUCUGCCUUUGAUCUCCAAUAAUUUAGAGAACGGGGUAGCGUUGCGCCGCGCCGCAACUGCUCACGAAAGCUGACGCAGUGGUUUCUCGAACGCGGAGUACGAGGCAACGGCGACACAGGUGACGGGCAGUUCACUUCAUAUCGACUUCUGGACGUCGGGCGGUGCUGUGCGCAACCCUCUUGGAGUGUUUGUCCGAAAGGGAGCUGUAACACGGCAGGCGCGGUCAGCGCGCAGGUUGGCCAAGUCAGGUCUCCAAGAAUCGCAGCGGGGACUGGAAGACUGCCUGGCAGUCACCAAAUCCGCGAAGAUGGAGGGCAUGGACCAUGGAUCGAAUAUGUGGUCAUCGGUCAAUGCCGACUUGGCCCACCGUUACUGGUACACUAUCGCUGGAUUCGUGGGAGCGCUGGUAGUCAUCCGUGCGGUCAACUUCUACAAGGUGCAAAGGCGGCUACGAAGAAGAGAUGCGAACUCGCUCGAGUUCCCCACGAAACCGAGCGAUCCCUUUUUGGAGCUAUGGGCCACCUUCACAGCCAUCGUCCGUGAGGCCAGCCAUCCUCAGGUCUACAUAUCCGUCAGAGGGUUCUCAUGGCUGACGCCGCCACCGCUGGGGCGGAUCAUUGCCCUGCUGACUUACUGGAUCAUCAUCAUCUACAUGAUGACCUCGAACAACGUAAUAAUCGACGAUCUCCUUCAUUGGGAGCGCGUCGGCUAUCGGAACGCCUGGGUCACGGUUACACAGGUGCCGCUCCUAUACUUGCUUGCAUCCAAGUGCAAUAUCGUGGGCUUCCUGGUUGGGACGAGUCACGAACGACUCAACUGGCUGCACCGAUGGGUUGGACGUACCAUGUUCGUGACGGCUUCAGUUCACGGAUGGCACUUCUACGAUGACUGGGUGCGCUCCGACUUCGUCGAGUAUGAACUGCAGAUGAUGCCCAUGGUCAAGUACGGGUUCGGUGCCUGGGCGAUCCUUCUCUGGACCCUGGUGUCAGGCCUUGCCCCUUUCAGACGGAUGGCCUACGAGCUUUUCGUUCUCCAGCAUAUCCUCAGCGCCAUAAUCUUUCUGUGGCUGAUAUACGUCCACGUCCCGGCCAGCGCACGGUACAACGUCUGGUUCGCCAUCGCCGCCCUGUGCUUCGACCGCGCCUGUCGCAUCGCCUUGCUUCUUUGGCAGAACAUCAAGUUCUUCCCGGAUAAGUCGAGGUGUAAAGGGGGUCAGCGUAUCGGGCACCAGGCUCAGGUGAGGGCUGUGGGCGGCUCUAUCACCGUGAUGACGAUCAAGGACGUACACUUUAAGUGGCGGCCUGGCCAGCAUCUUUACCUGUGGGCGCCCCGGAUCGGUCUGGCGGAGGCACACCCAUACACGAUCGCUUGCGCUCAUCAACUGCCAGACACGUGCAUCUGCAACAGCAUCCAGCUUGUCGUCCGCAAGCACAACGGGUUCUCUCGGCGACUCCAUGACUUUGCCGCGAAAGGUGGGAAAACAGAGCAACUGACCGUUUUCGUUUCGGGACCGUAUGGCUUGCCGCCCCGGUUAGAUAUAUACGAAACCAUCGUCCUCAUCUCGGCGUCAACUGGCGCCUCAUUCACGCUUCCCAUUCUGGAGGGCCUAUUGCAGUCAGGAACGGCCAGAUGUGUGAAGCGAGUGGACUUCCAGCUUGCAGCGAAGCAAGGGGAGGAGAUCGACUUCUACGUCUCGCGGCUCCACGAGCUGAUUGAGCGUGCGACAGAGGUCGGCAUUGAGCUCCGCGUGCACAUCGCCGUCACCCAGUGCCCAACGGACUUCACCAAGGAUCUGGGCCGCACCGGUACCAGGAUUGAGACGGUGAAUGCUGUUUCUGCUUCAUCAUCGGGAAGCAAUCUCGGAAAGCAGGCGGGCGAGAAGGCUACGGCGGGGUUACAAGGCGAUGUGGAGCAAACCGCGCCUGUGAGUUCACGGAGGGAGAGCCAUACGAGCACCGAUUCCCAUGUGUUCCACUCGUCCGUACGGCCAGAUGUCGAGGCGUUCAUCCGGGAGGCUGUCGAAGCAACCGGUGGGGAGACCAGUGUGGUUGUCUGCGGCGGGCCAUCGUUGGCUUCCAGGGUGCGGAAUUGUGUCGCUGCUCUGUCGGACGAGCGAGCGGUGCACAAGGGGACAGGGGCCCAGGGGAUACAUCUGUUUGUCGAGGAGUAUAGCUUUUAGUCCUAUCUAUCGACCUGAGACUCCCAUGUUCACCAGAGGAUAUCGAGGAGUACUG